GAGGGAAUUCGGCGAAAGGAAUAUAUACCCGCCAUACGAUUAUCUUUCAAUAUUGAUAUUACACCGACAAGAUCCAUUAUCAUAGGCCCGUCGAGACGUCGUGUUAGCCAGGACUCUUGGUCUGUUUUACCUACCGGUAUUUUCGCCCAGCUCUAUUUGGAUCUAAAGCAUCGUGUAUAAUUCAAUUUGCCUUUGUGGCUUUACUGAUUGGUUGCCUAGGCGGCUGGUAAAUAUUUGUCAUUAGAAACGUGAGCGUCGACGGACGCUAAAUAAGCAGAGACCUGUUCGUUUGCCGAGGAUAAGCUCGAGGCACCGGUCGUGUUAGGAUGUUGGGCUAUCGGCUGGGGAGCGGGACACCUGCGGGCAUCCGGAGACCACGUCGCCAUGGGCCGCAGCUUUGUCCGUCCUUGCAUCCCCAGCCCUGCGCGAGUCAGAGACCUCAGGUUCACACCCCACAUAGUCUAGCCGUCGCAGGAAGCAGCGUGACGGCGGAAAACGUCAGCAACUAUGCCGUCAGCAUUGCUCCCAGCAGCUCAGCAACUCCAUCCCAGGCAGCAUACGAUGCGAGCUCUAUCCAGGUGCUGGAGGGUCUGGAGCCAGUUCGCAAGCGCCCCGGCAUGUACAUCGGCGGCACUGGCAGCGAGGGGCUGCACCACCUGGUGUGGGAGGUGGUAGAUAACUGCAUUGACGAGGUGCAGGCGGGGCAUGCGGGCAGCGUGGAGGUGGAGCUGGACCUGGGCACGGGCUGGGUUACUGUGCGCGACGACGGCCGCGGCAUCCCGGUGGACCCGCACCCCGCCACCGGCAAGUCCACGCUUGAGACGGUGCUGACGGUGCUGCACGCGGGGGGCAAGUUCGGUGGGGAGAACAGCGGGUACAAGUUUGCCCCAUGAGUGCAGGGUGUUGCAAGAAGCAUUCCUACUGUGUCGGGGAGCAUUCCGCCCGAGGAUUGGCCAGGAUGGAGCUCAGUCUUGCAGGGGCUGGGUCUUGAUGCGGAUGAGGAAGCUAUACUGGAAGUUCGCAAUGCAGCUGUCAGCCUGAAGAAGUUGGAACAGGUAAGACCGUGUGUAACCAACAAAUUGCACGUCACACGCACCACUACUUCCCGACGCCCCAUGCAGAUGAAGAGGAAGAGGCGGUCCCAGGUGGCUCCUACCGGCAUGGGGGCUACGAUAGUAGCCCAGAAGAUGAUGCGCGUGCAGGUAAACGACGGUGCUGCUAACGGUCACUCUUUACUUAAUACACGCACCCGUAGAGGCUGGAAGCCUGACAAUUUCAAACCCCAACACAACCAAGCACACAGCCCAGGCGUACAAGACGUACCUCCCCUCCUUUCCGUGCGCUGCCGUAACUACCGGUAACUUGCAUACUGUCAGGCCGGCCACCACCUGUGUCACGCCUAAGUCCAAAACACACACCCACUCCUGGUUGUCCC